GAAAUACGCGUAACCUCUGUUUAUGUAUUCCUAACCUAAAAAAUAUGCUCUGGAUUAUUACAUGAACAAGUAAAGUUGUUUUGUACAACUUACGAUCAUGUUGUCGUUGUUUUUAUAACAUGUUCGAUGAUUCUUAAAUAUCUAUAUUGAAUUGACCGAAAAGGUCGUCAUUCAUCUGUAAUGUGAUGAAUUUUAUUAUAAGAAAAAUAAAUCAAACUAUAAUUCCAAGUACGUUCGGGACUGAAGCGCUUCAAGAAUCAUAAGCAAGCAAUGGAUGAGGAGACGUUGAACAGGCUUGCAGCUGAAGCGCUGAUGGAAGAGGCAAAGGUUGGCGCUAGAAGAGCAGAAGUAAUGGGUCCUAGUGGCUGGAUAAAACCAAAACAUACAAUAAACAAAAGAUUUCUUCACUCAACACUUAGAAACGCGGUUCUCUCCAACAAGCAUCGUCCUGUACAAAAAGACAAAGCGCCAGAUGAUCGUCGCAAAAGAGACAGUGACAAUAACAAAUGAUAUACAAGUGUUAAAGUCCACGGAUUAAGCUUUCAAUCAUUAAUUCGAAGACUUCGAUUACACAUAGUUCAGAUUUUAUUGUAUAUGACAAGAACUGUUUGAACUUUACACGUGAUUUGCGUACACGUAUACAAAGUCAUUGUAUAUUACGUAAUUUUUAUCGAUACCUGUUUUUGAUCAGGUAAAGUGGAAUAUCUGUAUUGUGUGUGCU